GCGACUGCACUUGAGAGCCUUGCUCAUUUUACUCUUUGCGCCUGCAGCCGGGCACGUUUUGCCGAUGCUGCUGGCCCUGUUGCGACCACAUGCUGAAGAGCUGACGCGUGUUCUGCUGCGUUUCGACUGGGUGCUCUUGUUGAUCUUCGGGCUGGUGGUGCAACAUUUAACCAGACGACGCACCGGGCUACUACCUUUGGACGAAUUGGGCAGGGAUGCUGCCUGGGAGUCGGAGCCAUAUCCCCAGACGCUACAAGAAUGGAGCAAGGUCAUUGUGGCCGGUCUCGUCGCGCGCGUGAGCCAUGUGGAUGCCUUCUUAUCGAAGACCUGGCGCGCCCCCAUGGUCUUGCCCAGCCCCAUGGAGCUGCGGGAGGUGCAUGAGGAGAUCGUCAGCGUCACUGUCGUGCUUUUCGGUGCGACGGGUAUCUUGUUUAUCGCGAUGAUUCCACUGCUGAUGAUGGCCUGGGGGCUGCUAGAUCAUCCAGGCGUUCACCAGGCGCACUUGAAUCAGGUGCUGAAGCACUUCACAGAUUUACUGUCGCCGCUGGAGACCCUCCUGCGGCCUUUGCUGCGACUGGCGCUGUUGGCCUGUGCAGCCGUGGGGCUAGGAGACGGGGAGGAAGAGCUUCUCACCCGCAGCGACGCGAUUGGUCGAGCCAAGCGCCUGCUCAUCAGUUUGAUCCUCUUGAACCUUUGCCUCAGUAUCCUUUUGCUGAGCUCGCUUUCCGCCGCCUCCGCCCUCCUGCGGUUUCUCUGAGCGGUCAAAUUCAUCGUUGCCCUCCCGCCUGUCAGGCUGGGGCCUUUGCUGGAAAUCUCUUGAAAUUGGCAUGUCCAAAUCCGGCAUGUACAGCAAGGAGUUGGGUUCAAGACACCUUCCCAAC